CCCUGCGCUUCCCGCCGUCCAGGGGCGCCAGUCAUGGGCGCUGCGGCCGCUGAGGCGCCGCUCCGGCUGCCUGCUGCGCCCCCGCUCGCCUUCUGCUGCUACACGUCGGUGCUUCUGCUCUUCGCCUUCUCUCUGCCCGGGAGCCGCGCGUCCAGCCAGCCCCCGGGUGGCGGCGGCGGCGGCGGCGACUGUCCCGGAGGCAAAGGCAAGAGCAUCAACUGCUCAGAGUUCAAUGUGAGGGACUCUGAUGUAAGAGUUUGUGAUGACUCAUCAUGUAAAUAUGGAGGUGUCUGUGAAGAAGAUGGAGAAGGUUGGAAAUGUGCAUGCCAGUUUCAGUGCCAUACAAAUUACAUUCCCGUUUGUGGAUCAAAUGGGGACACUUAUCAAAAUGAAUGCUUCCUCAGAAGGGCUGCUUGUAAGCACCAGAGAGAGAUAACAGUGGUAGCAAGAGGACCGUGUUACUCUGAUAAUGGCUCUGGAUCUGGAGAGGGAGAAGAGGAAGGGUCUGGGGCAGAAGUUCACAGAAAACACUCCAAGUGUGGACCUUGCAAAUACAAAGCUGAGUGUGAUGAAGAUGCGGAAAAUGUUGGGUGUGUAUGUAACAUAGACUGCAGUGGAUACAGUUUUAAUCCUGUGUGUGCUUCCGACGGGAGUUCCUAUAACAAUCCCUGUUUUGUUCGAGAAGCAUCUUGUAUAAAGCAAGAACAGAUUGACAUAAGGCAUCUUGGCCAUUGCACAGACACAGAUGACACUAGCUUGUUGGGAAAGAAAGAUGAUGGACUACAGUAUCGACCAGAUGUGAAAGAUGCAAGUGAUCAAAGAGAAGAUGUUUAUAUUGGAAACCACAUGCCUUGCCCUGAAAAUCUCAAUGGUUACUGCAUCCAUGGGAAAUGUGAGUUCAUCUAUCCCACUCAGAAGGCUUCCUGUAGAUGUGAGUCUGGCUACACUGGGCAGCACUGUGAGAAGACAGACUUCAGUAUUCUGUACGUAGUACCGAGUAGACAGAAGCUUACUCAUGUGCUCAUCGCAGCCAUUAUUGGAGCUGUGCAGAUCGCCGUCAUAGUAGCAAUCGUCAUGUGUAUCACAAGAAAAUGCCCUAAAAACAACAGAGGACGUCGACAGAAGCAGAACCUAGGUCAUUUUACUUCAGAUACGUCAUCCAGGAUGGUUUAAACUGACGACUUUUAUACGUACAUUGACCACGCGAUGUACAUUUAUUAUGUCUUUUUUUAAAGAAUGGAAAUAUUUAUUUCAGAGGCCUUAUUUUUGGACAUUUUUCGUGUAGUGCCGUUGGCUCGCAUUAGAAACCCUCAGCUACAGCAGUUUCGGACUGUUCAGUAGUCUUUGCUUUAUGGUUUUAAAUACAGAAGUUGAUUUCAUGAAUUUGUACCACACGGUAACCCUAAGACUUGUUCUUUACCCACGGAAUGUAAUAUUUUUGCAAAGAUGGACCCCUUCACAAAGGUUCUAAAGUUACACUCCUGCCCCCACACUGACCACAGCAAUGACAAAGCAUGAACUAAAGGUAAAGAUGUUUACAGAUUACUUUUCUUACAAAAAGAAAAAUUUAGAAGACACUGUGUUUAAAUAGACCUUUAAAUGUUUUUGAGAUUUAGUAACUGAUUUUUUUAGACAUUGCCUAUUGCAUGAACUGUAAACCUGUGUGUGUUAGAUGUAAACUAUUUAUGAGAUGUAUAGACUGGAAUUUGACUAUUCCUCUCUUUGAAGAAAACAAUUCUAACAAUUGGGAAAAGUAUCGGACGGUAUGAUGGAACAGAUUGCUGAGAAGUAGAUUUAGGUAUUGUGAAACUAGGCUGUUUAAGAUUGGAAUAAAGCCUACUCUAUCAGUUAAACCACUUUGGUAUGCAUUCAUUUUUAAAGCAAAUACUUGUUUGAACAUAAGUAAGCAAAUUGUAUCUGUGUGUGUGAAUAAAAAACAGGAAUGAUUGUUAAAGGUGCUCUUAAAGUGAGCUCAAAAAAUGACCUGAGACCUCUAUCCAAAUUGUCCUGUAGUUAUAGCUCUAUCAAUAGAUCAUUUGUUUCAGCAUCUGAAGUGUGAAUAGAAUGUAUUCAGCUGUUUAAUGUAGCUUAGAUAUUCAGAAGUAUGCAUGUAGAAUUGAAGACUAUGUUCAGAAUUAAAUAUUAAAUAUUUGAUUUGAAAAAGCAUGGUAUAAUAGAGUGUUUUCACU